GAAAAACACAUGGAGAGAGACAGAGGAAGGGAGCGAGUGGAACAGAGAGAGAGAAAGAGAUUGACUAAAUCCUGCUCAGUGAAAGAGGGGGAGCACAUUCACACCCUUUAGGGGACUCACAGGAAAGGAGCGAGAAUCAGAAAACCAGUCAGAUAUCGUAUUCAGUCAGUGAAAGAGAAACAUGUCCAACUCAAUCCUGCGAAGACAUUCCAGCAAAAAGGGAUUAGAUAACCUCAAGAGGAUCACUGUGCAGCGCAGUCUGGAGGAUGCAGAAGAAAUUGAGAGAGAACAACGACGGCGUGCAAGAGCCAGUACCUCUACUGAGGCUUCUCAAGCUACUGCACAGACUCUGGACAACCAGGGUCAGAAUGAUGUGGUUUCAAACUCUCCUCCAUCCUCUUUGGAAGAGGACGAAGGCUUCAGUGAUUGGACACUUCUGAGCAGGCGCAAAGAGGAACAAAUGGAACAUAAAGAUGUAAAGAAACAUCUCAACGGCUCUCGUCCCUCAAAACUCCAGCUCUGUUCCAGCUCUGCUCAACAUAGUAAACUGCAUGAUUUAAACGUGUUUGACAGCACCCCAUUUAUACAGACUCGACCCCCCUUUUCAAAUCAGCAAAACCUGGAUGAGGAUGGUAAUGAUGAAGACUGGGGUGGCAGAGAGCAGGAAAGAAUGGCUAAUAUUAAGGCAGCAGAGAGGGAGGAGGGAGAGAUCAGACGGUGGUGUGCCGAGGAGGAGGAUCCGAGAAGGAUGAAAGGUCAUGAAUCAUCUUUCUGGAAGAAACAAAAUCAGAGCUGUAAUAUAGAUGAGAAGAGAGAAAAAAAGGUAGAGAUGAAGAUAUCCUACACCUCCACAGUCCUCCUCCAACAGAAUGGGAGACAGUACAGCACAAAUGGACAAGAGGGGAGGAGAAUAAAUGACAGUGUGACGGAGGAAGUGUUUGUGAAUAACAGUGAAGAGAACCAGCAGCACAGAGAAACAGAGGAUCAGACUCAUGAGGAGGUGCGGAGGAUGAUGAGAGAGGAGGAGAGAGAGAGGAAGAGGAGGGAUGUGAUGGAGAAGUUAAAGAGGUUGAGUAUAUCCAGCGGAGAUCCAGAGGAGCCUUUCAGUCCCCUCAGCCCCAGGAGCCCCUCCUACAUGGCUGAGGGUGAGGAGUGGCAAUCAGAAGGUACAAGCUCGAUUACUGAGAGGACUGAGUCUCUAAACCGCUCCAUUAAAAAAAAGAACAGCAUAAAGAAGACACAGCCUCCCACGAUCAUCUCAAAGUUAGAUGGCAGAUUGGAGCAGUACAACCAUGCCAUUGAGGAGUGCUAUAAAGAGGGGAACGUAGUCAAGCUAGUGGAUGUCCCAACAUCACCAGAGCCUGUAUCUGCUCGGAAGACCCUGUUUGAGGCGGGUGAAGCCUGGAAUCAGAAUUCAGCAAGGGCCGUGUCCUCUAAGGAUGCGGAGGGAAUGAAUGUGGGCGUGACAGAUCUUAUUAACCAAUGGGUGAAAGGAAACUCUGAUGUCAACACCAAGAGCCCUUCCUCCAAAGCAGCUUGUCAGGAUGUUAAGGCUGGUGAGGUGCGUAACAUAAAAUCCAUGUGGGAGAAUCUGGGAGACAACUUGUCACAGGAUAAAUCAUGCGCAAAGGGAUCAUCUGGAAAAAGGUACAAAUUUGUUGUGAGUGGGCAUGGAAAGUACGAGAAGGUCUUCAUUGAUAAUGACACAAACUAAGGAUCAAGUAAGAAAUCUGGCUGCUGGACACAUAUGUCUGAAGACAGGAUGCUGAUGUGAUCACCGUCCUUCAGUUAUUGCACUGUUUAAAAAAAAAAAAUUUAAACCCACUAAAUUUGAAAAAAAAAAAUGCAUUUUAAUUGCUGCCUUACAUUUUAAGUAAAAUCAAAGUGGUGCCAAAGCCACAAUCACUUUGAAUGAUUUUACUGAUGAAGAACAUCAUAUAAUUGGGUAAAAGUGACAGAAAUUAUUGUAACAAGUUACAUAUUUUGGAAACAAGGAUGCUGUUUUAAUCACAAUUGACAGUUACAGUGUGGUUAUUAAUUACAAUAACAUCACAUUAAUGUGUCAAACCUUAAAUCAGAGGUGUUCAAUCCUGCUCCUGGAGAGCCACAAAUUUAGUUCCAAGUUCCAAUACAACUUCCUGCCUAAAAGUUUGUAGUGUUCCUGAAGACUUUGAUUAGCUGGUUCAGGUGUGUUUAAUUAAAGAGCUAAACUCUGCUUGGGAACAGGAUUCAACACCUCUUCCUCACCUCUUAGGAUUUUUGUGUAAACAAAAGUAAUUUACAGAAAGUAAAUUCUCAUAAAUAUAUAUAUAUAUACAUUUUGUCAAAAUGUGGAAUGAUUUCUUUAUAGCUGAUACAAAUUUUCUUUUAGUUUAAAUAGCGUUUUCAUUCUGAGCAUUCUUACUCUCGAUGUCCUUCUCUCAAUUAGUUUUCUUUACUCUCUCAUGAUUUUCUUUUAGAAUAUUGUCUCCAUAUAAGUGAGUAAUAUUGUUAAGUAUAGCCUUACACAGUCAACACAUGUAAACCAAUCAACCAAACAUCUGUGCAGUGUAAGGUGUAUUUGUCACAAAUAAAACUCGUCAAUUUUCA